AUGAGUUUGACCAACAAGAGGGUACUCCUACCAACAGUAGCGGUGCUCGCUAUCAUCACCAUAAUCCUUAUCCAAAGGGAGCUUUUUUCAUCUUACUUUGCUGACCCUGCUCCAAUUGUACGUCUUGAAGGCGACAAAGACUUUUUUCUUGUGAGCUCCAAUUGGGUUGAGGCUAAUACCCAAUUUGCUGGGACACGAAUUGUAGACGACCUUGACUAUGAUGCCACCGUAGAAAAAAUACUCCAAUUAAUGAAGGACUCCAAGAAUGAGCUCUUUGCAGAUAUUAGAGGUUCUGUUAGGCAAAAGUUUGAUACCGCUUCUAUAGGGCAGUCGAGGAAAGAAUCAAAGACUGUCGCUACAGAAAAUCCCAAAACAAACUUAUGUUUGGAGCAAGACAGACAUAAUCAUUUGGAAGAUAUCCGAAAAGUUUUCCGGGACAGAAACUCUGAUAAGCUUAAGUCCCGAAUAAUCAAGCUGAUUCUUCAUGGCACAAAUGACAAAUUCCUUCGGGAUCACUUGGAUUCCAUUAUUCGGGUACCCACAGACCGCGAACAAUACUUUGUCGAUAUCGUGACCGACAUCAUUCUUAAGAAUGGACCUGAAGACAACGGUGGUAUCAAAAGUGGUGAAGGCUACCUUGGUGUCUUGGCGGAAUCUCUAGAUUUUCUCUACACAAAGGAAGACCUUACUACCGAUAGAUGUGAUUUGAGUUCCAAGAAAUUAGAAGAACUCAAGCAGAAACACAGCGCAGUCGUUGAAGCACUUCGUGAUCUUCCUAUUCCUCCCGACGAUGUGUUUCAAGGUACUGGAAUAGUUCUUUCUGCCAGUAAACAAUACUUGAUGGGUGCUCUUAACGUUGUGGUGAUGCUCAGAGAGCUAGGGUCUCAGCUACCGGUAGAAAUUGUCAUGGAUAGUAAACAUGAAUGGAACGUGCAGCUCUGUGAACACACUUUGCCGCGUCUCAAUGGAAAGUGUGUUGUUGCCGAAGAAGUUCUUGGUUCAGAUCUCUAUCAGUCUUUAAAGCUCACUGAGUUUCAGUACAAAGCACUUGCUAUUCUCGUGUCCUCGUUUGACAAUACUCUCUUCCUUGAUUCGGACAGCUUCCCAAUUACGAACCCUGACCACUACUUUAAUUCCAGUCUUUAUAAGAAAUCUAAAUUCCUUAUGUUUAGAGACUUCUGGCACAAAACUACUUCACCAUUAUUUUACGAUGUUAUUGGAUUAAAAGCUGGCGAGAUAAAAACCAGACUCGGUUUGUCCAAUGAAGCCACGUUUCAAGAGUAUCUUGAAAGAGAUCUCGAUACCGAAGUUUUAUUUCAUGAUAGAGAUGGUUUGGUUCAGCCAUACACAGUAGAGUCUGGCCAAAUGUUUUUCUCAAAAAGAGAACAUUUCCGAAGUCUCAUUCUCUCUUUCUAUUACAACUAUUACGGGCCUAUGUACUACUACCUUUUGAUUUACCAAGAGGGAGAAGGCCCAGGCGACAAGGACACUUUCGAGCCUGCCCUAGUUGUGAUGAAUGAGCCAUACUAUGUCACAGAGUUUCCAGUCACAUUCAGUGGAAGAAAGACUUUUGACAAAGAUAUUGAUGACUACGACUUUAUUCCCUCCACGAUGGUUCAAGGAGACCCCUUGACAGCUGCAAAGCAGUAUGAAGACUGGAAAGAUUGGUUGACUGACAACGGGUACGAUCGAAGAUUAGAUUUAUUUCAGCAUGGCGAAUUCACUGAUGAGCUUAGAGAAAGAUUUUUCAAGCACCAAGAGGACCAUAUGCGUGCGAAGCCAAUGGCCGCUUUCCUUCAUCUUCACCUGCCAAAAAUCAAUGCUCUCCUAAACGAAGUGACCGAUCGAGUGACUUAUGAUUAUGAGGAAAGAUAUCUCAGAAAAAUUGGAGAUUACGACUAUAUCAUGGGCGAGGAAGACUGGAAGCUCAAAUUCCAGACAAUCAACGCAUGGUCGGCCUGCGAGGGUAUGAACAACAAACAAUUCUGGGAACUGUACAGUUUGGAUCAAAAAGAGGUUUGCCAAAAAGCCAUUCAAUACGUGAAGAAAUUGGAAGAAUCAUCGAAUGACCCAAUGAUGAAGGUCCUCAAGACAUUUCCCGAGUGGGUAAUUUAG